AUGUCGGUCAAUCUCAAAGUCCAGCGCACAGCAAACGCGCCCUCUGGUCCUCCAUCAGAACUCGAGACGAAAAUCGCGCAGGCCCUCAUUGAGCUCGAGUCGAAUGUCCCAGAGCUCAAGGCCGAGCUCCGUCCUCUCCAGAUCAGUGCUGCAAAGGAGGUCGACGUAAAGGGUGGAAAAAAGGCUAUUGUAAUCUUUGUCCCAGUUCCUCAGCUCAAGGCGUAUCGAAAGGUUCACGCCAGGCUUACUCGUGAGUUGGAGAAGAAGUUUGCCGACAAGCAUGUCGUUUUCGUCGCCCAACGCCGUACCCUCUCAAAGCCAACAAAGACGUCGCGUGUCAAGCAAAAGCGACCUCGUUCGCGAACUUUGACUGACGUUCACGAGAAGAUUCUCGAGGACUUGGUGUAUCCUACCGAUAUCGUUGGCAAGCGACAAAGAAUCGCAGUCGAUGGCUCGAAGCUCAUCCGAGUGCUACUGGACUCGAAGGAUGCCAACUCUUUGGAGUACAAGCUUGACUCAUUCGCGUCGGUGUACCGCAAGCUCACUGGCAAGGACGUCACGUUCGAAUUCCCUGCCCAGGCUGCGGAGUAA